AAAACCCUAAACUGAAAAUAUCUUACGCAGCUGUCUAGGGUUUUUGCCUCUCUCCACUCUCAAACCUAGCAGUCGCUCUUCUCUUUUCGAAAUUCUCCAUGGGCAAGUCUGCUAAGAAAUCCGCCACUAAAGUUGAGGCAGCACCUGCUGUUAUCAAGGAUUCGAAACCUUUGAAGAAAGUAAUCGAGAGCAGCAGUGGUGAGUCUAGCGACUCUGAUGAAUCCGAGAGUGAAGAAGAGAAAGAAACCCCAAAGAAAAAGAACACCGAUGUUGAAAUGGUGGAUGCUGAGCAGAAAUCAUAUGCAAAACAGCCAAAGACACCAGCUACUCCUGCUACUGGUGGAUCAAAGACACUCUUUGCUGCCAAUCUCCCAUUCCAAGUUGAAAGAUCAGAUGUUGAGAACUUCUUCAAAGAAGCUGGUGAAGUUGUUGAUGUUAGAUUUGCUACAGACAGAGAAGAUGGCAGGUUCAAGGGGUACGGACAUGUCGAGUUUGCAACUGCUGAAGCAGCACAGAAGGCCUUGUCGGAAUUUAACGGUAGACCUUUGCUCGGUCGUGAAAUUCGUCUUGAUAUUGCUGUAGAGAGAGGCGAGAGACAGCCAUACACUCCACAAAGCGGAAACUUCAGAAGCGGUGGUGGUGACGGUGCUGCUAAAACAAUUUUCGUCAAGGGAUUUGACUCUUCUCUUCCUGAGGACGAUAUCAAGAGCGCAUUGAGUGAACAUUUCGCAUCAUGUGGAGAGAUCACUAGGGUUUCUGUUCCCAUUGACCGUGAGACCGGUGCUUCUAAGGGAUUUGCUUACGUUGACUUUAAAGAAGGCACAGAGAAGGCGUUGGAACUUAACGGUAGUGAAAUGAGUGGAUGGAAUCUUGUAGUUGAUGAGUCUAGGCCGAGGGAUAACGGUGGUGGAAGGAGCGGAGGAUAUGGUGGAAGGAGCGGAGGAAGAGACGGUGGUCGUCGUGGCAGAGGAGGAAGAGACUUUGGUGGUCGUAGUCGUGGCAGAGGAGGAAGAGACGGAGGAAGAGACUUUGGUCGUGGUCGUGGAAACAGACCUAGUUUCACUCCUCAAGGUAAGAAGACUACCUUUAACGACGAGUAGAAGCUUCUGUAGAAGAAAAGACUCUUCUUUAUGUUCUUAACUUGUGAUACUUCGCAUCCUUAUAUUAUUGCAUCAGUUUUUUUUUUUUUUUGUUGCUCUUUAGUUACUCUUUUGUUUUGUCUGAACCUUAAAUUUUUGUCUGAAUAUUAAAGUAGCUCAAUUUUGAGUGCUUUUGGUGUUGAAUUUUCAUUAGUAAUUUACUAAAGUUAUAUCCUUCUCCGAUGCAAUUGAUUUUUUUUUUGAUCAAAA